AUGUCGAGCGAAACGAACCCUAUAGAGACCUCGCCUAUCGGCUCUUCUGUUACUACUACUGAACAUUAUAAUGCUUCUGAAUCAACGUCCUUCAAUUCCGCUUCUAUCGAUGCCUCCAAUUUAUCUCAAGAUGAUUCAAUUGAAAAGCAAUCUCGCAAGAAGCAAAAUCGUCAAAGUUGGAAAAGUUCACCCAAAGUUGAAAAUAAAGAAGGAAAAGGGAACAAGCAUGCUUCCGAUGACAAUGGAAACGACAAUGAUGAAAAAAGGAAGAAAGAAAAGAAGGGGAUUAAAAACCGUAUGACCUCCAUAGAUGGGUCUGAUCAACUAAAAAGUACUACAUCUAAAAAUGGUGGUGGUAAACCUAAAGGCAGCAAGGAUGAUUCCGAAAACAAGCCCGAUGCAUUAGAAUCUUUACAACAAACGAUUGCCAUUCUUAAAACUUUACCUGUUCCAUCUAAAUCUCAAAAAUCUGAUAAAAGGGAGGAUGAGGUUUUUUCUGACAACACUUCAAAACAUAAACGCCAUGAAUCGAAUACAUUAGGUGUCGGAAAACGGUCCAAUGUUCCCGCAAAACAACAUAAAAAGGGUGCUUCAGUAUCUUUCUCUUUUCCUUUGACAACAGCAGUAACCGCUUCGUUAAAACCAAUUCCAGACUCCGAAGACGGUAGACCGAUGGAUAUAGAAAAUGCGCUGCAAGAUACCAUUUCAUCCUUGAGACGUAUGAGUCUUGACAAUGACGCUGCUCAAACUACCGAUAAAAAGCAAGAAUUGGACUCUCCCAAGUCCCCAUUUGACUUUAAGAAAACCUCCGAUGAGCAACAACAGUCAACUCCUAAGAAAACCCAUCGUCGACAUCAAUCCCUUGGUUAUACUUUGUCGGCUGCUUCGUCUUCAACAACAGUUGCUAAAGUUAAUAUACCUACACAUAAUCGACGACACAGCGUAGCUCUUAAUGGUACCAAAGAUAUUUUGAAAGAAAUUGAAAAGAGUCAAGGUAGAUCCGUUGGGGCUGACGUAAAAGGUCAUCGUCGUGGAAAUUCCAGAAACUUUGAAAGUAACUGGCGGUCAACUUCACUUCCUCCACUUUUAAAAUCAUACCAACUUGUAUCUGGUGUAUUACGAAUUAACAAACGUAAUAGAUCUGACGCCUACGUUACAACAGAAUCAUUAGAUGCUGAUAUUUAUAUCUGUGGUUCUAAGGAUAGAAACCGCGCAUUGGAAGGCGACGUUGUUGCAGUUGAAUUAUUAGAUCCGGAGAAAGUUUGGCAGACUAAAAGAGAAAAAGAAGAGAAAAAAAGAAAGAAAGAAGAAAGUUCCGGAAUUGACAAAAAGAAGAUUGACAAAAAGAAAGAUGAUGUUGAAGUUGAAGGUCAAGGUCUUUUACUUUUCGAAGAUGACGAUAUCGUCACUGAUGAACAAAGACCCAAAUAUUGUGGUCACGUAGUGGCAGUUAUGGAAAGGAUGCCAGGACAACUUUUUUCUGGUACUCUUGCUCUUCUGAGACCUUCCUCUACCGCGACUAAAGAAAGAGAGGCGGCCGAAAAAGCACGAAGAGAGGCAGAAGAAAGAGCUGCUGGUAUUGAGCCUAAAGUAGAGGAAAUACAAGAUAAAAAAGAUGAAAGAAUCGAACGUCCAAAGAUCGUUUGGUUUAAACCGACCGAUAAACGUGUUCCUUUGAUUGCCAUUCCAACCGAGCAAGCUCCAUUAGAUUUUGUUGAAUAUCAUCAAUCUUACUCCCAACAAUUGUUUGUUGCUUGCAUCAAACGAUGGCCGAUUACAUCUCUCCAUCCUUUUGGUACACUAGUAACUCAGAUCGGUGAGAUUGGCAAUAUAGACGUUGAAACAGAAGCUCUUCUUAAAGAUAACAACGUAUCAUCUGAAGAGUUCAAUGAAAAUGUAAUUAAAUGUCUUCCUGUAACUCCGUGGACGAUUUCUGAUAAGGAAUUCGAAACACGGCGCAAUUUGACUUCUACUACCAGGAUUUUUACAAUUGAUCCUCCGAGCGCCAAUGAUAUCGAUGACGCGGUUUCUUGCUCUCGUUUACCUGAUGGUAAUUACGAAAUUGGAGUUCAUAUUGCAGAUGUAAGUUAUUUUGUAAAACCAAAUACUGCACUUGACCGCGAUGCGCGUAAAAGGGUGACUUCUGUUUAUCUGGUGCAAAAAACGGUUCCUAUGCUCCCUAAUAUACUUUCCGAAGAACUCUGCAGCUUGAACCCCGGUGUUGAUCGGCUUUCAUUUUCCGUAAUUUGGAAAAUGACUCCCGAAGGCAAAGUUAUGGAGACAUGGUAUGGUCGGACAAUUAUUCGAUCUUGUGCAAAAUUAUCGUACGAACAUGCACAAGAAGUAAUUGAAGGAAGACCGUUAAGUUCUGAUGUCAAAAUUUUUAAUGACUAUGCUGCUGAAGAAAUUGAAGCAGAUAUAAAAGUCUUUCAUGAUCUUAGUCAACGUUUGCGUGAAAAUCGCUUCAAACGUGGAGCUUUGUUUUUGGGUUCCAUCAGAUUAAAUUUUGAACUUGAUGAAUAUAGUAACCCUAUUGAAUGUAACUUGUAUGAUCGUAAAGACUCAAAUUAUCUUAUCGAAGAAUUCAUGUUACUUGCUAAUAUGAGUGUCGCACAAAAAAUAUCAAGCGCUUUCCCCGAACAAGCUUUGCUUAGGCGUCACGCUCUUCCUCUUGAACGCCGUCUUAAUGAUUUUAUAGAACAUGCUCGUAAACUAGGUUACGAAAUCAAUGCUACUUCUGCUGGAACUUUACAAAAGUCUUUGGAUGCUGUCGAAGAUGAAGAUGCUAAACAGGUCUUGAAACUUCUUGCAAUUAAACCAAUGCAAAGAGCAAAAUAUUUUUGUACUGGUACUUUGGAUAUUGCAAAAUAUCAUCAUUACGCUUUGAAUGUUCCUUUAUACACACAUUUUACUUCCCCUAUUCGUCGUUACGCUGAUAUUCUCGUUCAUCGCAUGCUUGAAUCUGCUUUACUUGGUGAAAAACGAUUUUAUCUUGACAAAGAUACUGUUCAAAAGACGGCAAAUCACUGCAAUGUAAAGAAAGAUGCAUCUAAGAAUGCUCAAGAACAGAGCAGUCAUCUAUUCCUAUGUGUUCUUCUCAAUAAUUUAGCUCUUCGAUCUGGCCCAGUAAUACGAGAAGCCAUCGUAAUAGGUGUUAAAGAUCACGCAUUUGACGUCUUAGUACCAGUGUUCGGUAUCGAAAAACGAGUUCAUUUGGACCAAUUACCAUUAGAAAAAUUUGUAUUCAAUGAAGAGAAAAAGGAACUCAUUUUACAUUGGAAACCAGGAAUCAGCUCUCUUGAACCAAUUCCCGAAGAUUUUGGAUUUGUUGAAGAUGAGGAAGAUGUCUUAGAUGUUGACGAGGAUGCAUUACUUGGAGAUGUCAACGAAGAUUAUCAUUAUGAAUUAAUGGAUGUUACUAGUCUCCCUAUCGAAGACGAACAUAGAUUAUUCGAUGCCAAUUCUGAUAUAGGUGAUGAUGAUAUUGAAGAUGACGACGUUCCCAUCAUUGGAGACAACAGUAAUGAUGAUAAUACACACGUUGCUAAUAUUACAUCAACAUCCAUUCAUGAAUUCACCGAAGCCAAUCUCUCUAUUUCGGAAAAUAAUCCAUCGAAUCAAACAAAACCUACAAAAAUUUCACCACCCAUUAUUAAUAUUUCAGAGAUUCCACAACUACCCGUAGAUGCAGAUCCGUCUAUUCCUAAUUCGCAAAUUAUUCGAGAGCUAUGUCACCUUCAAGUUGUGAUUACCGCGGAUUGUAAGAAGAGUCCGCCUGUUAUAAAGGUUUUAGCUGUUAAUCCUUAUAUGUAA